UCCUAAAGUGUUCUUUGUAAAUAUUGUGUUAGCACAAGUUUGAAUUAUUUUGAAGGUAAAAACCGGAAACAGCUGUAGACAUUGUACGUUCUCUUGGCAAUCAUUGAGGACAAGUGACAGCUUUACAAUGAAGCUGCCUGACGUAUGACAGGUGAAGUUUAACAACCGGUGAUUACUGUCGCGGGCCGCCAUUAAACCAAGAAGAGGAACCGCCACAUCACUGUCCGCCAUUAAAGCGAAUCACAACAAGAAGCUCUCAUCAUCCGUCGGCCAUUAAAGCAAAGAAGAAGAGCCACAUCCUCCGUCACAUAAGCGAAGAAGCCGAGAAUGGACGACUUCCGUGAGCAAGGGCCGUUGUUUACAUUCGGGGUGAUAGCUGACAUCCAGUACGCUGACAUCGACGAUGGCUUGAAUUUCACGCAGACAAGAAGGCGGUUCUACCGGAACAGCAUUCACCUGCUCAAAGAAGCCAGGGAGACUUGGUCUCAGUCGGCGACCCCCCCGAACUUCAUUCUCCAGCUGGGAGACAUCAUCGACGGCUUUAACAAGGACCACGGCGCCUCUUCCGGGGCGCUAGAUCGGGUCCUGGAAGAGUUCAGCCUCGGCUCCAUGGACGUGCAUCAUGUGUGGGGAAACCAUGAGCUCUACAACUUUACAAGAAGCGAGUUGUUGAAGUCUCGGCUAAACAGCGGCGUCCUUGCCGACGGGAGGGCCGGCGGAGACAUCUACGCCUACAGCUUUAGCCCCUUCCCCGGAUUCACCUUUGUCGUAUUGGACGCCUACGACGUCAGCUUGCUGGGCGUGGAGGAGGACAGUCCACGGUACCAAAGUGCUUUCACUUUCAUUAAACAACACAACAACAACGAGGACCUCAACUGCCCCCCGGUGGAAUUUGACAGCCUGAAGCAGAGGUUCACAAAGUUCAAUGGUGGCUUCAGCGUGACCCAGCUGGACUGGCUCAAUCGUGUCCUGACCUCGGCCGACAAGGAACAGGAGAAGGUGUCUAUUGUCAGUCACCUCCCAGUCCACCCGUGCUCCACAACCCCCAUCUGCUUGGCCUGGAACUUUGAGGAGCUCCUGUCCAUCAUCCAGCGCCACAGCAGCGUCGUGUGCUUCAUUGCAGGGCACGACCACGACGGCGGGUACUACUGGGAUGAAAGCACGGGGGUGCACCACUUGACACUGGAGGCGGUCAUCGAGACCCCGCCUGGCAACAACGCCUUUGGCACCGUCUCCGUCUAUGAGGACAGGAUGGUUUUGAAAGGCACCGGGAGGGUUUCGGAUAUAGAACUUUUAUUUCCUUGAUUGCCGUUUGGUCACGAGGCUGACAACCAAAGAUUAGAGGAAAUGUUUACCAGUUGCCUUAUGUGAUAUAUUAUAUAAAUAAUCUAAUAUCGAUGCUGCGUAGCCAUCUUUUAAAGUAUUUAUGAUACUCCACUUUAAUCCCGCCUUAAGAUGAUAUGGAAUCAUCCUCUGUAAAUGUUUCUUUGUUGUGUGUCCCUGCUUGGGCGUCAGGUUUGAUGACAAAAAUGAUGAAUAAUCGAAGAAAUAGCUUUGUUAAACUUUGCACGUACAUUAUUAUUCUGCACUGUAAUGAAGGCGGACUUUAAGUUGAAAAUGACACGAGCGUCGUGUCAAAGGAAUACUGUUUUCGGAAAACAUUGCACUUUCUGGUAAAUCAUGAAUAUCAUGUAUACCAGUUAUCCCCAAACCCCUGCAGCAUACUGUAUGUUGUCAAUAGCAGGUUUGUUUAUAUCAUUUGCUGUUUAUGAGUAACACAAUCUGCUCAGUUCACUGACAUCGCAAAUAUCGAUCAUUGACUGUGAAAUAAAUAUAUUGGGAUCAACAGUUGUUGCGUUGGUGCUUGUGGACAAUAACGGAUAUGUUAUAUAUAAAAUAUGGCUUUGAAGUCAAGGAUGAGAGGCGAUACAUGCACAUGUACUACAUGUAUAUGUGCAGUACAUGACAUGCAAAUCAUAAAAUAUGUAUGUAUUAUAAAGAAAUGUCCAUAUAAAUAUUCUCGG